AGAGGCGGGGCCGGGGCAGGGGCGGAGCGGGGCGGUUCGGUUCCCCCCCGCCACCGGCGGCGACCCCAGCGCGGCCCCGGCCCCGGCGCCGCCGCGAUGCCGCCCGCCCGCGCCGGGUACCUGCCGCCCUGGUGGGUGUCGUGGCUGCACGGGCUGCCGCACCGCGGCCUGCGCCUGCAGAGCGUGCCCGCCGCCUUCCGCCCGCGGGACACCGGCUACCAGCAGUCGCUGCUUUUCCUGGGUUUGGUGUCCGCCGUCUGCCUCGGCCUCAACCUCCUCUUCCUCACCAUCUACCUGAUCUGCCUGUGCUGCUGCAAGAGGGACCAGGACCCUGAGACCAAGCGACCCCACUCCUGCUGUGUCACCUGGAUGGCCGUCACCGCCGGGCUCAUCUGCUGCGCAGCCGUCGGCAUCGGCUUCUAUGGGAACAGCGAGACCAACGAUGGGGUGUACCAGCUGCUCUACGCCCUGGACCACGCCAACCACACGCUGACCAGCAUCGACUCGCUGGUAGCGGACACCACGCUGCAGAUGCAGGUGGGCCUGGAGCAGCACCUGCAGCGCCUGAACGAGGUCCUGGCGGCGCGGGGGGACUACCUGCAGACCCUCAAGUUCCUGCAGCAGUUGUCGGGCAGCAUCGUGCUGCAGCUCUCGGGGCUGCCCGUGUGGCACAGCACCAGCACCGACCUCACCGCAUUCGCCGGCCACGUCGCCUACGUCGAGUAUUACCGGUGGCUGGCUUAUCUCCUCUUCUUCAUGCUGGUGCUCACCGUCUGCCUCCUGGCCUGCCUGGGGCUGGCCAAGCGCUCCCGCUGCCUCCUCACCACGAUGCUGUGCUGUGGGCUGCUGACGCUCAUCCUCAGCUGGGCCUCCAUGGCUGUGGACACGGCGGCGGCGGUGGGCACCAGUGACUUCUGCGUGGCCCCAGAUAAGUUCAUCAUGAACCAAACGGAGAGUGACAUCAGUGCGGAGGUGGUUCACUAUUACCUGUACUGUGACCAGGGCCUCAGCAACCCCUUCCAGCAGGCUCUCACCGUCUUCCAGCGCUCACUCACCACGAUGCAGAUCCAGAUCCAGGGCUUGAUCCAGUUUGCGCUGCCCGUCUUCCCGACAGCAGAGAAAGACCUUCUGGGGGUGCAGCACCUCCUCAACUCCUCAGAGACCAGCCUGCACCAGCUCACAGCCAUGCUGGACUGCCGGGGGCUGCACAAGGACUACCUGGACGCCCUCAUUGGCAUCUGCUAUGAUGGGGUGGAGGGUUUGCUCUACCUGGUCCUCUUCUCCUUGCUGGUGGCCGCCUCCUUCUCCACCAUCAUCUGCGCCACACCGCGCGCGUGGAAGCUCUUCACCGGACGGGACCGGGACUAUGAUGACAUGGACGAUGAGGACCCCUUCAACCCGCAGGCGCGGCGCAUCGCCAGCCACAACCCGGCCCGCGGGCAGCUCCGCAGCUUCUGCAGCUACAGCAGCAGCCUGGGCAGCCAGAGCAGCCUGCACCCGCCGGCACAGACCAUCUCCAACGCGCCCGUCUCCGAGUACAUGAACCAAGCCGUGCUCUUCGGUGGAAACCCGCGCUAUGAGAACGUGCCCCUCAUCGGCAGAGGCUCUCCUCCCCCCAUGUUGCCCAUCAAGAUACUCCCCGAGCAUGCGAGCCACCUACCUGUCGGUCACCGAUGAGCACGUCCGGCCCCACAGCACCGAGGUCCCGGCCUAAGGCUCGGCCCACACGGCUCCCGGCAGGAGGAGACGGCGCCACCGGCGUUCCGGUGGUGGGAAACCAAAGAGACCUGGGACAGACGUGGUGGGAAAGCCGGCAAUGGCUGGAGGAUGAGCCCCGGCAGUGGGGAGGCCCCCGGGCUCCCUGCACCCUCCUCUCCCCCUUGGCAGCUCCUUCUCCAUCUCAAGUCUUCCUUCCUUAUGGCUGACAGUGGCUCCAGGGCCAAACACCGGGAAGGUUGGGGAUGCUUCACACCCUCAUGUCGGCUCCCUCCCCGCUCGGGGAUGUUUUAUGCCGUGGAAUGGAGCCUUCUCCAGCUCCCUGGAGCACCCAGCCUGGGACCAUGGGUGGCUCCUUCGCUCCCGUAGCAAUGCAGCACCAACCACUAGUGAUCCCAGCUCCUGCUCCUCAUGGAUGGAGCCGGCUCCCCUUGUCCCCCUCGCUGCUGCCCUGGGUUUGGGGGCUAUAGAAUUAAGGAUGCUUUGUCCUUGCCGGUUUUCCUUUGCUUUGCUCCUGGGUUUUAUGAGUUCUCUGCAGGGCAGAGGUGCAGUUUGACUCGCUGCCUCUGUUCCAAUGGGGUUUUACUGCGGUGCAUGUUGGUAACAGAUUUUGGGCUGGUUUGAAGGUUCUUUUUGGCUGUUCAGCUCGCCAGCACUGGUGGGCUGGGGUAGGCUCCCCUCCUUCUGCAGGACAGCCACAAACUCCCUGGGAGAGGGAUAGGAACAUCCCUGGGACAGGAUGUGGUCCUGGGGAGGGCAUGGUCCUGCCAGGGCUUCAAGGAGCCAGGAGGAACCAGCAUGAGCUGAAAUGGAUCUUUUCUGGCUGCCUAUUUCGGUACGGUCUGCUCUGGAGAGCAAAGACUUAUCCCUUAACCCUUAUCUCCCUGCAGUUAGCAGCCUCCUGUGCUGCUGGUUGUGGUUAUCCAUCCCCUCAUCCCUGCUUUGCCUAACAGCCGGGGUAGCCAGGCUGUCCCUUGGGCGAGCCCCAGGGUCUUGGUAGCAGCAACUCACUGUGUCUUUUAAAGAUAACCUGUAUAUUCCCUCCAGUGCCCUAACCCGUGUUCCGUGUGACUGCAUUACUCCCUGUUGGAAACUUCCUUCCAGGGAAUAUUGGGGGGGGGGAGGGUGCUUUUAAUGUUUGGCUGUAACGGUACUGGUAGAAGAGCUGGUGUUCAACGCAUGUGAACUAACCUCAUUAGGGGCUGGAGCCUGGUUUGGAUGUGCCCUUGGGGAAAGGACAAUAAACACUUGUACUAAACAUG